AUGUCCAAAGGUUGUGGACCGCAGCGUCCCGAUGGUCAUCCUGCAAUAAUAGACUCUGAUUGGAACUUCAUCCAAAAAUGUUUGCAAUUCAAACCCGAACUUCGACCUUCAGCAGACGAAGUACUUGACUUUGUAACGCAUAGAUCGCCUGUCGCACACGGUGGUCCUGGUGACAUGACAGAACAAUAUCUCAACAUUCAAUCAUCCCACCCUAAUCAUGAAUUGAAGACUUUGAUCACCGUCAUGGAUCAGUUGUUCGCCUCCACCUCGAGUACUCCUGCACAUUCCAUACUGCCGUUCUCUCACAUCAUCUCAAGUAAUGAAUUAUCUGAGUCCUCCACUGGACCAGGACCUAGCGGCUGUGCUCUCAAAGACAUGUUUCAGUGCACAUGUUGUGUCCCCGUGAUUUCUCUUCCCACAUAUGAGAAGUUCACGGAAUUCAUGGCCCAACCAGUUCUCACUUCCAGUGCAAAUGGAAUGGUUGUGGUAGGAUGCUCAGGAAAGAUGCCCUCUUGA